AUGGUCUGGAUUCGCAUGAAGCUCGCGGCUCGUCUGUCCUACGAGCCGUUGGGUCACCGUCUGGAGACGGCCAUGUUUAACAAAAGCGUCGAGACCAAGUACUUCGACGAUGCCAACGAUGACGACUCGAGUUCGGACCCCGUCUCGCUGCCACGACGACGGCGGUCCAAAGCUCGCUGGAUUGCGGUCUGUGCAGUCACAUCAGUCCUCUUCAGCCUACUUUUUCUGCUGCUGUGGCACAUGAUGUACAGCCCGGGAUUUGUAUUAGGGGACAGAACGAGGGAUUCGAAGGAGAUGUGGCCACAUAUUGAUACGAGAAGUCUCACCUUCGGUUUACAGAAGGUCUACACAGAUCGAAUGGAAGCGGGAAAUAGAGCAUGGGAAGCAUUGAUGCCAGUCGGUCGAGGCAACAUAUUAGUCGAGAACCCACGUCAGUACAAAGACUUGGGACCUGGCGUGCCCCAGUCCAACCCAAACGUAGAGGGCUACGGCAUCACUGUCUUCCAUCAGCUUCAUUGCCUAGCAGAGCUCCGAUAUGCUCUGCAUAGCCUACAGAACGGCGACGACAGCUACAAGACCCCGCCGCGGCAUCUAGAUCAUUGUCUGGAUUACAUACGGGAGUCGCUGAUGUGCAACGGUGACACGACCAUCGAGACCCCGAGUCGUAUUGAGCGGAAGGGUGAUCAUUUCGUGGGUGGUGUUGAUGGCACCAACGUUGUACACACGUGUAGAGAUUGGGACGCAAUCUACUCGUUUGCGGUGGAGCAUCGCAGCGGCAACCACACGGGCCAUAUAAACCCAGGGGCACAUCUGGGCCACGAAGCAUAA